AUGCGACCAGCGGACAUAACUCCCGCCGUUGCCAAGAGACUUCUCUCUACGGUACAGUCACUUGAAGAUCGCAGCCCCCGCGAAGUUCAAGAUGAACGAUUCGGUACGCGUCAGCAAGUUCAAAACGAUUUCGAAAAGGGAUAUACGCCUAAAUGGACAACCAAGAUUUUUCGAAUCGCCAAGGUGCAACGCACGAAUCUCGUGACGUAUCUGCUGAAAGACUAUCACGGAGAGCCAGUGGCCGGAGGAUUCUACAAACACCAAUUACUGCAAGUUUCCAAUCCCGAUAUCUAUCUCGUAGAAAAGGUGUUACGUAGAAAGGAUGAUAGGGUUUUCGUCAAAUGGUUAGGAAUGGACAAUACACAUAACUCUUAUAUAUAA